AUGUCAGUGUUGGGAAUGUUUGGCAAUGGUACUGUGAUCUGGUAUCUCUCAUUUAAGAUUAAGAAAACCAGUUCAUCCAUCUAUAUAUUUAAUCUUGCUGUGGCUGAUGCAGCAUAUAUGCUACUUGCGUUCGUUUUUUAUAUUUUGUCAUUAGUUUUUGCCCUUAUACCGCACUUAGAACCACAAUAUGAGGAUGAACAUGUUAUUAACUUGGUAGGUGUAAUAAAUCUAGCUUGUCUCUUUGUCUACAACACUAGCCUGUGUCUUCUAGCAGCUAUAAGUAUAGAGAGAUGUCUAUCUGUUGUCUUUCCCAUAUGGUAUCACUGUAACAGACCUAGGCACACAUCCUCAAUCGUAUGUACUCUUAUAUGGAUCACUUCUUGUACUCUUAGCGCACUCGAGUCUGCAUUUUGUUAUAAUAUUACCUACAGUAGCAAAGGUAUACUUAAGGGGUCCAGUCCAGAAUGCAAAAUCAUGUUCAUCAUUAUUUGUAGUUUCAGUUUUGCAAUUUUUAUACCUUCAAUGACAGUUUCAAGUUUUAUUCUGCUUGUCAAAGUACAGACAAGUUCUCAUCAACGACAACCAAAGAAGUUAUAUGCGGUCAUCACACUUACAGUCUUUUUUUUCCUUGUGUUUGGAAUGCCCAUGAGAGUGUUAUUGCUUGCAUGGUACAAGCACCAUACCAUGCCAUCCUUCCCCAUCAUGGACCUUUUUUGUCUGUUUUGUGCGAUCAACAGUACUAUAAACCCAAUUAUUUACUUCAUGGUAGGACGCCAUGGCCAAAAUGGAAAAAUUACACUCCUGUCAAUUCUUCAGGCAGUUUUUUGAGAUGAUUGGAAUCAAUUAAGGAGGGAACAAAGAAAGCCAACAUAAGAGACCGCCACAUUUCCUCUUGAUGGACUGAAUAUACUGUAAAAUGACAAGUGGUUGCACAAUUGUAUCUUAAAUUAAAUGUAUUAAUUGCUUUAAUUAAAACAUACAGUAUUAACAGUUCAACUGAUAAGGCUUCAUUCACAUCUGCGUUGGGCUCACA